GACAGCGAAGGCCCAGAGGGCGGCGGCGGCGGCGGCGGCGGCGGCGGCGAUGGCCGAGCAGGAGAGCGCCCGGAACGGCGCCCGCAACCGCGGCGGCGUCCAGCGCGUGGAGGGCAAGCUGCGGGCCAGCGUCGAGAAGGGCGACUAUUAUGAGGCGCACCAGAUGUACCGGACCCUCUUCUUCAGGUACAUGGCCCAGAGCAAGCACGCCGAGGCCCGCGAGCUCAUGUGCUCAGGAGCCCUGCUGUUCUUCAGCCACGGCCAGCAAAACAGUGCAGCUGAUUUGUCCAUGCUGGUCCUGGAGUCGCUGGAGAAGGCGGAGGUCGAGGUGGUCGAGGAGCUGCUGGAAAGUCUGGCCAAGCUGUUCAGCCUGAUGGAUCCCAACUCCCCGGAGCGAGUGGCAUUUGUGUCUCGAGCCCUGAAGUGGUCCAGUGGGGGGUCCGGGAAGCUGGGCCACCCCCGGCUCCACCAGCUGCUGGCCCGCACCCUGUGGAAAGAACAGAACUACUGCGAGUCCCGGUACCACUUCCUGCACUCCAGCGACGGGGAGGGCUGUGCCAACAUGCUGGUGGAGUACUCCACGGCCCGCGGCUUCCGCAGCGAAGUGGACAUGUUCGUGGCCCAGGCUGUCCUCCAGUUUCUCUGUUUAAAAAACAAAAGCAGCGCAUCAGUGGUGUUCACGACGUACACACGGAAACAUCCGUCCAUCGAGAGCGGCCCUCCCUUCGUGCAGCCUCUGCUCAACUUCAUCUGGUUUCUGCUGCUGGCCGUCGAUGGGGGGAAGCUGACGGUGUUCACGGUGCUGUGUGAGCAGUACCAGCCAUCCCUCCGGCGGGACCCCAUGUACAACGAGUACCUCGACAGGAUAGGACAGCUCUUCUUUGGUGUGCCGGCCAAGCGGACGUCUUCCUACGGAGGCUUGCUGGGGAACCUUCUGAGCAGCCUCAUGGGCUCCUCGGAGCAGGAGGGCGAGGACAGUCAGGACGACAGCAGCCCCAUUGAGCUCGACUGA